AGCAUGAAAAACCGGUUUGCAUUGCACGUGAUCAUCUGCAAUUAUUUUAGGGCCUUUGGCUUGCGGUAUUUAACCAGUAUUCGGAGAAUGUGUGAAAAGCAAGCACAAAGAGCUAUUGUAUAUUUUGACUUACAAUAGAUCAAAGUAAUCGUUUGUUCUAUUUGUGGCAUCUCAAAAAUAGUAGCCCAAAAAAGACAUAAACCAGGAAGUAUACCUAUAAUUAAUCACUUUGACAGCCACGCAAUUUUGUGCAGUUAAACUAUAGGCUCUUGUAUAACAUCUUGAAAGCGAUUGUGGGAAGACCAUGUUAACAGACAUAAGAUUCAUACAAAAGCGUCGGUGGCAGCCAGUGACGUCGCUGCGGCAGCCGACACUGGUGGUGCCGCUGCUGCUGCUGCUGCUGCUGCUGCUGCUGGGUAGCGGCCACAGAGCGGCCGCAGCUCCGCCGGCGUGCCGCCAGACUCAGGCUGAUUCGCACUGUCACACGCUCACUUCGCUAACGAACACAUCAUUUGGGCGCGACGGAAACGGUAAGUCAAUGGAAGCAGACUUAUUGCCUAUAGUUGCGGCAUGGAAUACAACAAAUAACAAGGAAUUUCUGAAACCGCAAGGAUCUCAGAGUGGAAGAUUUGGUAAAAGAAAAGACUACAAUUUGUUCGAUAAAGCUCGAAAGACCAUUCGAAGGCGAAACUGGAAGACCAGGAGGAGUGCAUUCGGAAACGAUUGGGUACUGCCUAAAAAGCCACUUUGCUACCGUGAAAAACUGCCUCAGGUCACAUUUUCAAACAAUAUGAUCAUGUUUGUGCCGGAAAGCAUAGCUAGAGUACCUUUGCUUGAGUUUUCAAAUGGAAAUAAUGAAAAAAUAGAUGCAGCUACAGCAACACUCACAUGCACACUUUUGAUUGAUGGAGCGCACUCAAAGCAUGCACCAUACUCGUGCGAUGCGGAUGACAUUGUAUGUAAUGAUUAUGAAAAAACUUUGGUAGAAGUGUAUGAUGUGAAUGGCAAUUUUCAACUGCGAAUGCAUGCCAGCGAAAAGUCGUCGGCACAUUACUGUUGGUGCUGGUUUUCCGACGCUGACGGAAUGCUCGAGGUCAAAAAUAUUCGUUUUACCGAACAAAUAGAACCUGGAAGCGAGCUCGACUGUGCUGAAUACAAACUGGUGGCACCACGGGAACAGGCCCAACAAGUAGUCCCAAGCCCUGAACAGCUCAGCUGGUCAACAGCUCACUUAGGGAUGACUAAAGUUUCAGCCAAAUGCAAAUCGCAAACGGCAAUCAAUACCCUAGUCUCCGGUCGCUUGGACAUGCUAGCGGUCGCAAUGAAACUUAUAGGGAGCACGGCAAUCUGUCCGUCGCUUGGGGCAAAGAUAAUGCAACUACGUGUGUAUCCACUUCAAUACUUGAACUGCACUUCCGGAAGUCAAGCGUGUCCACGCCUCGGCGUAGUUAUGGUCGUGUUCCCUUUUCCUUGGAAUAGCUUGAAUGUGCGACAGCUAAGCAUGGAAGAGGGCGAUGUUUUAGAAGCUGGCUUUUACCUCCCACUGCCACUGCAUGUGACCCAGUUUAUGAAUCCUCACGAACAAUAUCGCGUUAUACAAGAAGUUAUACCUAUGGGUACGACACAGAGUGAUCAAAAGGCCGAUAAAUUGCAAACGGACUAUCAAGACGUCACCGUGAAGCAUCCGGACUUAUCGCGCUGCAUCAUCCAACUGGAAUUCCUAAUUCAUACCCUCCUAGGUACUAAAAAGUACGCUGCCGAGCAUUGUCCGCCAGCGAUAGCAUACGGUAACCGAAGAGCACUGACAGGCAACAGUGUGGAGUUCAGCGUCAAAGGGGUCGUGUUCGGAAUAGGCAUACAUUUUGCAAAAAAGGUUUGGACUUUCAACUCACCACUCUGGAUUGUAUUUGACGGCUUCACGAUGACCGCUCAUCAUAGAUCAAGAUUGUACAAAAAGCGGGUUAAUCUGGUCAGGCAUAAUGCAUUUACUUACGUGCCGUACAACGUAAAAGUAAACGGUCAGGGUGGAGUGACUUCCAUACCGAUACAAAUACUACAGUGGGAACGUCCACUGUUUGAGUUCACCAUUAAAUUAGAAUCGACAUCACCGAAAAUAGAGCUCAUUCAGUUUGGGUUGCCAGGAUUGUGUGGAACUCAAACGGUAGACGAUGAACGACUACGCGAACACAAGCUUGGUAUAUCAACCAAGGUUCGCUUGACUCUACCGAACUGCCGCCCAGAUCGCUGCGUGGAAUACCGAAUCGAUGGAGAACAUCUCAGGCCACCAUUACAGGCUGUUGAUUCAACCAAACCUGUAGUACCUAACUGGCUUCUGAAUGUUCGACCACACUGGUCAUGGCAACAAGCAGUUGCUGUUUACGUGGGUCAGGAUUCAAUCCGGUUUUCCGAAGAGCGUGUCGCUGAUUUCCCAGGCGAUGCCACAUUACAUCUAGAUAAGGAGCAGCUUGGAAUGACGAUUGUUGGAAGGAUCAAGCAAAACGGGGAAUCAGAAACAAACGAGCCCGUGUACCCGAAGUAUGUCGUUCCUAUACCGAAAAUGAAAUUAUCACUAAAAGAGACACUAACCCUUCACAGUUAUGUGGCCCAGUUAAAAUACAGAGCUCAUAUUCCUGGGAAUAAAAGGAUAGACAGCCAGAUUGGCACAUUUAUUUAUGUUUCGUAUGACCAGCUAACGUUUCAGCUGGGCAUUGCUGACCUGGGCACGCCUCUGUACCGUUCGUCACGUGCCAAUGACCCUCCGCUGUUCGAAGACCGCCUGACACUGGACGCCCUAGAUUUCUGGAAUGGGCAAACCGUACAAGUUCUUACGGUUGUGGCGGUGCCGGAGCCCACCGUUCUCCGCUUCGUGACUGGAAAGCCAUGCUUGUUGGAAGACAGAGGUGUUCCAGAUUCGUUUUUAGAACCUCCGGUCCUACAGGGAAGAUCAAGAUGUAAUGCAGAUACACCGCCGUGCUUAUUCUGCGACCCAUCUUCUAACAGUGUUAUUAACCGCUGUAUAAAAACUGUCAUGUGUCAAAAAAACUACCAGAGAUCGUGGAUGCCAAGAUUGCCGGCCCGACCAGCAUGGCCAGAAUGCACCGAUGAUUCAAAGUGUGCAGCGUGGGAGUUUCUUCAAAACUAUAGAGAUAAGGGAAAGUUCCGAAAGCUUCUCACCGGGAAGAUUGAUUUUGCUCUGCAAGGGCCAACUCAAGUAAUUUUGACAUUUCGUGAUGUGUUCGGCAUGUUGCGAAGUGAAGAAGACCACCAAUCGCUUCAGAUUGCGUUCAAUGAGCAGACGAUCGAAGUGCACGUCAUAAGAAACGGGUAUCGUGACAUGAAACAAUUGGUGACUGUGCCCAUGGAAAAAGGAUACCUAAAUCCACACAAGUAUCACGGGUUUCGGGUAAUUGGAUUGUAUGAACGAAAAGUAAGCUCUUUCCAUCUACAAGACCUGCACGAAAUUCGCCCUGAUUCGAGGGGCGACCCCCUGUGGUCACAUAGAUUUCGAAAUGAACGUUUGCUUAUCACUCGAAUCCACUUUCGUCCCAUCGAUCCAACUUACUUUGUUGACAAACAUGUCAUCGUGGACUGUGUACCAAGCUACGACAAAUGUGCUGGUGAAAAUCCGUGUUAUAACGGGGGAACGUGUGUCAACAACAAAUGCAUUUGCAGUCUGGAGUUCAAAGGAGAAAACUGCUCUGAGAAUCAUUGUCCGACGGACAAGCCACCCUGCUUUAACGGUGGCACCUGUGUACCUACCAAACAGCAUCCAUAUUGGGCCUGUCGCUGCACCGACGAUUGGACGGGAGACAACUGUACCUAAUGGGUGAACAUCUCCUAAAAGCAAAAGAAAUGCAUGCCCGUUUUAUCGAAGACACUGAAACGACGAUGGAUAUCGAAUCAGAGGACGAUGGCGUUAUGUUGGUCAGAGGCUGGCUGACUCCUCGAACCGGAGCGGACGGAGUGGAGGCGGCUGAAACGCCCACCACCAUCUCGGCCCUCUACCGGGAUGACGCGCUCAACACCCUGCAGCGGGCAGUCAUCUGCACUCCCAACAUGACGUUUCACGACUGCGAACGGCACAAGCACGUCAGGUACAACUUGACGAUGUUUGCUGGUCGCUGUAUGUACUGGAGUGAGAAUCUGACGGCUUUCACGGACCAGGGCUGCGAAGUGGGCCCUCUCAGCACCGUGGACGUUCUUCACUGCCGGUGUUCGCACCUGACCGACUUCGCCGGCUCCUUCCUGGUGCUUCCCAACAGGCUAGACGUCACUAUGGUGGUCGAUAUGAACAUGAUGCUGUCUCAGAACCCGACAGCGCUCUACUGGAUGGGCGUCCUAUUACUGAUCUUCCUGCUGCUCCUCGUCUACGCCCGCAAGCAGGACCAACGGGAUGUGAAGCGCCGCAACAUCAUCUACGUGGACGACAACGACCCGAGGCAUCGGUAUGCCUACUUGGUGACUGUAUAUACCGGCGUCCAGUACAAGGCAGGCACCAGCGCGCACGUCGCGAUGUUUCUUACUGGCGAAAAGGGUUCCUCUAAUACUCACCUACUGACAGGCGAGAAGAAAAGGAAGCGGACGCUGGAGCGCGGCUCCGACUCGUGGUUCCUAAUAACCACCCACGGCUCUCUCGGAGACCUGACGGAGCUGCACAUCUGGCACGACAACAGCGGCAGCAACCCCGAGUGGUUCCUGGAGCGGGUGCUGGUGCGCGACUGUCAGACAGACAGUGUGUGGGUGUUCCUGGUCGGCCGCUGGGUGCACCCCGUGACGGGACUGCUGGUGACCGUUCGGCCGGCCGCACUGCACGAGGUCACCGCCUGGAACACGUCCUUCGCGCGUCGGGCCGAGGAGAGUCUCCGCGAUGGACACUUGUGGUUCAGCGUGUUCUCCCGGCCACUCAGCAGCUCAUUCACCCGCUGCCAGAGGCUCGCCUGCGCCAUGACACUUCUGAUGGUUAAUCUGCUGGUCAGCCUGAUGUUUUACGGCGUUCCCACCGGGGACGCGUCCGAUCAGAUUUCACGCAGCCAGUCGUUUGGUCUAGACUGGUAUGAUAUCGUCAUCAGCGCGGAGAGCGCACUGCUGGUGGGCCUGCUUGUGACGCCCAUCAUCGUGCUUUUCCGGCGCUCCGAACCACUGACUGAUGAACAGGUGCGCACUCUUGUCACCGAUAACGACCAAGGGCACAGCCAAACGGGGGCGAAGGAAACAGGGAGAUCAGCUGUGGCAAGUCCAGCAAUCGUGGGUGGUGCUCCUACAGAAAAUACUGGUGCCGAGGCUUCUGCUGACAUCGCGGAGAUGCAAGAACGCGUCGGUGGAGGCGCCUUGCCGCUGCCAGACAAACGGAGAGGCUGUAUGCUACCGUGGUGGUGCAUCUAUGUGGCCUGGAUGCUGGCGGCUCUGACCAUGCUGUUCAGUGGUGUUCUCUGUCUCGCAUACAGCGCUCAGUUUGGAGCUCUCAAGUGCUAUAUCUGGCUAGUCUCCUCUGGCGUGUCGGUGUUGCAGAGCGUGAUUUUCAUCCAGCCACUUAUCAUUGUCGGCGCAUCUCUGCUGGCAUCAUGGUGCUGUCAGGCGGCGCCAGAAGUGGAGAAUCGCUCAGAAGAACGUCCUGCCCACGCUGCAAUGAAUGCCGAUAUCGCAGAGGAGUAUGCACAAGCUAUCCACGCCAAGCGCACGCAACCUAUGUAUCGCCAAGUGCCAAAGCGGAAAUUGCGCAAAAUGCGUGCGAAGAAAAUGAAGGAUUUGCUGACCCACGAAGCAAUCCGUGACAUUGCUACGUUUCUUGCCUACAUCGCCUGUUUGCUGGUGAUCAUCCACGGCAACAAAGAUCCGAACGCAUUUUAUUCCACGAUGACUGCACGAAAUCUGUUCGUGGAAGGUGGUGCGGUGGCGGGUGAUGACGACGCAGUGACCCUAGAAGAUGCCAAAGAGCUUGGUAACGUAAUACACUACCUCAACACAACGCUUAUCCGCUCACUUCACAAGGCGGAAGAAUACAACGGCAAGCUGGCAGUACGCAACGGGAUGACCCGGCAGGACGGUUUGUAUCUAAUUGGUGUGGCGAGACUGAGGCAAGUGCGUGUGACUCGCGAUGCCUGCCGUCCCCCUGAUCAGCUCUUCUGGAUGAACUUCACGGCCUGCAAGAGACCUUUUCUGUUGAAGUACGAAGAUACCAAAAACUACGGACAGGGCUGGUCACCGGAGCCGCACCUUCAUGACGAUCCCUGGGACAACGAAGCCACAGAGGCGUGGAUUCAUAAGGACGCCGACUACCUUCAAACAAUGUCUGUGCAGGGCAAGCACGCGCUAUACCCCGGCUCCGGAUACACACUACAUCUGGGACGAGCAAAGAAGGCCUCUCAGGUUGUACUCGACUACAUAGAAGACACGAAGUGGCUGGACGCGUAUACCAAAGCGCUGUUCGUCGAGUUCACAAUGUAUAAUGCUGAUAGCGACCUGUUUAAUCUGGUGGUACUGCUGUUUGAACAGUCCAGGGCGGGUACCAUCACUCCGUCUUUUGACAUAAAGACGAGCAAGCUCUACGUCGACACGCACAUGAACCGGCUCACAAUUUUCAUGACAAUAUUUUAUGUGUUUUUCAUCAUCUUUAACACAGUGGUAGAGUCAAGGAAGAUAUUCAGAAUUGGACCGAAGUUAUAUUUCAGGGAUAUGUGGAGCAGGCUUGACUUCCUGCUGGUAGUCAUGGGCUACGUUUGUGUGAUUUUGUACAUCAACAGACACAUCGUCUUGGAAAAGGCAUUUUCAAAACUUAGGAACACGGAUGAAAACAAGUUCGCCAACUUCUACAUUCCCGUAUAUUGGGACUACAUUCUGACCUACGCUCAAGCAUUUGCGCUAGUCCUGACCAUGGCCAAAUUUUGGAAGAUUCUUACAUUCAACAAGAGAAUGGUAACAUUCAGCUUGACAUUGCGAUAUUCGCGGAAGGAGCUACGAGCAUUUUUCAUCUUUUUCGCCAUUGCCGUCAUUGGCUACGCGUUUUGGUCCAACGGCCUAUUUGGAGCUUCUUUGGAGGACUACCAAAACAUGUGGUCUUCUAUUAUAUCACUUAUCCUUUUCUCUAUCGGGACCUUUGACUACGAUGGCUACAUCACCACAGACCGAACCUUCGGCGCGAUCUUCUUUGUUACGUACGUCUUCUUCGUAAUGAUCUACCUGAUCAACGUGAUGCUGUCCAUCAUCAUGGCCGGCUACGAGAUGGCAAUGGACGACAUGCAGCAUCUCGUCACCAAGUACGACGUGGUCGACGUGUUCAUCUGGGAGGUACGCAACUUCUUUGAAGACUCGUCAAGCAGCAGCGAGGACGAAGGACGUAUGGCGGCGGCGCGGACCAGACAGCGCCGUCGCGUGCGUGAACUGCUUCGUCGCCUCUUUCCGUGGUGUUUGGACAAUGCCCGGAAGCGUGACCUGCGCCGUCCGGUGGAGCAGGAGUCGAUGGAGCAGCUGCAGCGUUUCAUGUCGCUGACGGCAGCAGCGGGCGGCAAGCCACCGGCUCCGGCAGAUCAGCGCGAGGGCAGUGUCGCCAGUGCUGAGGAUGCCGAACUGCGCGCUGCGGCCGCCCGCGGCCCACGCCGUGUGGGCAUGAUCGAGCCCGAGGAUGUGGACGAGGACGAGGGGGCGGCGCCCGCGGCGGCGGACCAGCAGCCCGGCCACAGGUUCCUGCUGGACGAGGAGGAUGUGGCCGGCGGCCGGCGCGGCCACACGCGGCGCCGAGUCUCGGCGGCAGCGGAGCGGCACCGUCGCCGCAGUCGCGCCACCACCGGCCGCCGCCACCGCGGCCCGCCAGUGCCCAGACGCAAGUCUGUACAGAACGACCCGCACUUCCUCCCGUCACUGACAGCCGAACCGGAGGAGAGACCACCGGCAGCCGCUGUAGCGCAGAACAGCUCCUCCGCCCAACGGAGGCAGUCGACGAAACGGCGAGUGUCUGGGCAAAGGCGAGCCUCCGAUCGGCGCAGGUCGUCCAGCAGGCGGAGGUCGUCGGGUCCGCACAGGCCACCGGCGCCGACCAGCUCGGCUCGCAGAAGGGUCUCGUCAGGCCAGCGACCCAGCGGCGGUCUGCAGCGGGCGCCGGCGCCCAGGGACCCGUCCCAGCCGUCCACCAGCGGUCUCACCCGAGCCGACCUGGCGCGUCUGGCCGGACGCUCCACGGCUGCUCCGCCUCAGGCGCAGGGCGGCGCACGGCCUCACGUACCGACACGAUGAGUCUCACUGGGAGCUAUCAUCCUCGACAAUAGACGGCACUUGGCAGAGAGGAUGAACGUGAAAUAGUGUUCUGUUGCUUUGAGACUUCGUGUGCUGUUACCUGUGUCUCUGUGCUGUUCAUUGUAGUUCAUCCGCGGAUAUCUGCCCUUUUUGUGGCUGUUUAUCAAUAUUGUGAGCUACGAGCUAUGUUGGCAUGUCUUCUUUUCGAUUAGAUGGUGCCAGUGUUAAAUACACAAAAAAGAGUGUA